CUGGAGGAGGGGUGGAUAGGCUCUCAGCUGAUGUUUGCUCACAGUACAGUUAGUUACAGGCUGCAAGCAACAUGGAUUUCAAUGUGAAGAAGCUGGCCUCUGAUGCUGGGGUCUUCUUUACCAGGGCUGUGCAGUUUACAGAGGAAAAACUUGGGCAAGCAGAAAAGACUGAACUGGAUGCUCAUUUUGAGAACCUGUUGUCCAGAGCAGAUUCCACAAAAAAUUGGACAGAGAAGAUUCUGCGACAAUCUGAGGUUCUCCUGCAGCCCAACCCUAGUGCCCGGGUAGAAGAGUUCUUGUAUGAGAAACUAGACAGGAAGGUCCCGUCUCGAGUUACCAAUGCAGAGCUCUUGGGCCAGUAUAUGGUAGAGGCAGCAAAUGAUUUUGGUCCGGGUUCACCCUACGGACAAACACUCAUCAAGGUUGGAGAUGCACAGAAACAUUUGGGUGUUGCAGAACGUGAUUUCAUGCACUCAUCUUCUAUCAAUUUUCUUACACCUUUGCGCAAUUUCCUGGAAGGCGAUUGGAGAACCAUUUCUAAAGAAAGGCGAAUCCUGCAGAACCGCCGUCUAGAUUUGGACGCCUGCAAAGCUCGUCUAAAGAAAGCAAAAGCAGCUGAGGCCAAAGCCGCGGCUUUGCCUGAUUUUCAGGAGACCCGUCCUCGUAAUUACGUGCUGUCGGCCAGUGCGUCAGCGCUUUGGAGUGACGAGGUGGACCAAGCUGGAGGAGGCAUAACCAUUGUCAACUCAGGUAUAGCAUUUGGUGAUAACUUGGCAGCAACCCCAGGGGUUACAGUUUGGUUGCCUGGUUAUUACACUCUCUACCCGGCUGUAACGUGCCUGGUUAUUCACACUCUCUACUGGCUGUAUGCGUCCUUGGUUAUUCACACUCCUCUACCGGCUGUACGCGUGCCUGGUUAUUCAACACCUCUCUACCGGCUGUACUCAUGCCUGGUUAUUCACACUCUCUAUGUCUGUACGUGUGCCUGGUUAUUCACACUCCUCUACUGGCUCUACGCGAGCUCGGUUAUUCACACUCUCUACCGGCUGUAUGCGUCCUUGGUUAUUCACACUCCUCUACUGGCUGUACUUGUGCUGGUUAUUCACUCUUACUGGUUUUGUGCGUGCCUGGUUAUUCACAUGCUCUACGCGUGCCUGCUUAUUCACACUCUACUGGCUCUACACGUGCCUGGUUAUUCACACUCUACUGGCUCUACACGUGUCCUGGUUAUUCACACUCUACUGGCUCUACACGUGCCUGGUUAUUCACACUCUACUGGCUUCUACACGUGCCUGGUUAUUUAG